ACAUAAGCUUGUGCUAUGACACUGCAGGAGCAAAUACAGAGUACAGAAACAAAACUAAUUCUGUACGGAUUUAAAUUGUUUCUUUAUCAAACUAAUUCAGAAAAAUGAAAAACUUGAUUGACACUCGGAGUCAAAAAUGCUGGGCAGAACUUAUUGAUAAAGAAUCUACUACUCGGGUAAUAUGGAGAGAAAAGUACAGAGAUAAACAACCCAUAGUUCUGGACACAAUUCCCAAGAAACAGUCUAAGGUGUUCAAACUUCCUGCCAGGGAUAACAUUCUUCCAGCAAUUCACAUUCCAAAGCAACAGGAAGAAAGAAAGAAACCAGUUCAGGAAACACCUUUAAAAACUGAGCUGACUCAGGAGAUGCGACCAGUAACUCCUCAGAUUCGAAGUCUGCUGUAUGAUGGCUUUUCUAAGGAGCAGAGAGGCAGGCACUUGUACCUGAAGAAGAGAAUGGCAAAACCCCCAGAGGAAAAAUUUCACCAUCCUCUUCUAUCAUCCUGGGCAUACGGCUGGCGGCUGGGUGAUGUUAUAGAGGAACUCCAGUUACCAGCUCAUGGUCGAUUGAGAACUGUAAGUGAUACUUUCUAUUCGAGAAAUGGUAUCUUCUACAAGCAGUCGGCAACUGAUGCACUUGCUUAGCUAAACUGAAGAAGUGGAUAGCAACUCUCCAACGAUAUUUGACGUAAUGCUCUGUUUUUAUCUCUCUCACAAUAUUGAAAAAGUCCCAUGAAGCUUUUGAUUAGUGACAUUUUCAGCAAUGUUUCUGUUUUUCAUUACAAGCCUUUAGUAUUUGUAGGUUUCCUUAAAAUAUGCCUAUAAUAAUAUGCAUUUGCGUAGCGGGCUUCAAAUGCUGCAGUCUUGUGAUUAUGCAAUAUCACCCAUAUUUUAAUAUUGUGUAUAUAUAGUUUUAGAAGAUUUUCAAAAUUGUGUAUAUUCCGAUAUUUACGACUCUCAAGAACAAGUUCAUAAAAUUAUUUAUCAGAGUAAAAUAGGCUGAUCUUCAUCAUAAAUAGCAAUGAUACUGCACUUCUGCAUAAGGUUAGAACAAAAUAUGUAGAAAUAAACAGGUUGCAUUGCUCAUCCCGUUUAAGUGAGGAAACUUAAAUUGUCUUUAUGAUUUAUAGAAGAAAGUGUCUUCUACUCAAAAUGGCAUAUUAGCUUAUAAACUGCAGACAAGAUGGAGACAGUGACUGAACUGAAUGCUGGGAAAAGGCUGGAAAGGAAACUUAUAAAUUAGAAAACCUCUAAGGUGAAAACAAUAAAGAGUUUUGCAUACAUUGAGGAUAUCCCUUUCUAGUUUGGAGAAGAUAUUAGGGAGGCGAGUCUUGAAGCUUCCAUAAAUUUUAAUGCCUCAUCUAAUCCUGUGUGAAAGUUUUGUCAAAUCAAGCAUAUGGCACCCAGAAGGACAAAAAGACAUUCCAUGGAUCUGUCAGUAGACUUGAUGGACAGAUAAGGUAGGUUGUAAAAUAGAGCCCCGAAUAUUCACUAACACACAGACUGAGCUCCAGCAUGUUAAUUGAUCUCCAGAGUUAAUAGUCAGGAAUGGGCUUGAAGCCAUUUGAUCCUCAAAUUGAUCAAGGAAGCAUAAGUUGCAUUUUUUUCAAGUUAAUGUAUAUAAAAAGGGGUAGUAUAAGACUUCCUGUAGUCUUUUAAUUCAUGGAUUAUAUGAACAAAACAGUUUUUUAUACUUCUUUAGAUUAUCUUUGUAGUUAUAAGAUUUUAUUUUCUGUAUACUUUUGACUAGCAGAUGGAAGAAGAUACAUUAAUAAAUAGGAAGUAAAUUGGGGCAGAAAAUCAGAGGUAGAGCUUAAAUUUCAGAAUUAUACCAUCCAGUUACUGAUAGGGGUAACUAUAUUUCUACUAAUUCCUACAUCCCAGAGAAGGAUAAUGUUGACUCAACCACACCUCUCAUAAGAAAGCUAUGGAAACAAUCGAAACAACAGCAAAUCUUAAUCUAUCCAGCACACCAGCUGCUAAAAUGUUAGUCAUGUAAUGAGUUAAUAAUAAAUUGGUAUUAUUAAUUUAGUAAUGGUUGACAUUUAGCUUUAAGUGCCCAGAUAAUGGUAAUUGAUAGUAAUGCACAUAAUUGACUGUUACCUAUGUUGCUAAAUAACUCUAUUAAUUAUCAUUCCAACUGCUAGAUGGCAUUGAUUACAUCUGUUAUAUCUACAUAUUACUCAUAAUCUGAAUGUUUAAUUUGGUGUUGUGACUUUUGUGGUCAAUAAAUAACUCUUCA